UCAAUCAGUCCUGUAACCGUAGUCGAUUUCGCCUCAGGCGGUCAAUAUAAACGCACCUUCAACUUUCGCAAACUCCUGCGAAAUUCCUGAAAUGCCAACUCGAAUCUGUCUGUCGAUUCAGUCUGUCAAACAGCAUCUGUCCGUCGAUGCUCCUGCAGCGGAUUCCACUUGUCAAGGGGAAAUCCAAAAAAAACAACUGCUGCGCAGAUGCUCUCUCCCCCCUCCAUGAAAAGAAAAGGGAAAGUCAGCGCAAACGCUAUCGUAGUUGGGCGAAUUAAUUAGUCUAAUUCGCGGGCAACAGCUUUGCAGCUUACUUGAGGGAUUCUCCUUCCCCUCCCUCAAAAAAUCGUCUCUUCAAGAAAUCUGCUCCAAACUGCAGCAAAUUUCUUCAACAGCUGCUUCCACAAACAAAAAAUACCCCCGUAGGCCGCUGUUCACCCAGCGCCCACGUUCGUCAUCCUCAAAACAGUAGCGCGCACGUUCUUUUGAAAAACUCGCAGCUCCGUCGUUCUCGGCGACACAUCCUCGCCGUUCGUAUCGGACUCGAGCUCCGCGUACCGUCCGAUCGUCGUCACAAAAAUCUUUCGUUAUUUUCGUUAACCUUCUUCUCGCGCCUCACACUGUACUGCGUCCGAUUUUCACCAAUCGUUCGCCUGUCCAGUAGCGCAGAAAAUGUUUCGAUCCACCAGCACAGAGUGAUCCGCUGGCUCAUCCUCCCUUAUUCGUCAGGGAGCAGUCGAUAGCAUGUAUCGUACUACCACCCGGUGGAGAUGUUGAAGAUCGGGCGACCCAGCCAAGUCAGUCGGAGGAUCCGUUUGCCGCUGACUCUUAAUUUUUCCCGGCUGUUAUCCAGUCGUUCUCCUUCUCUGCUACAGCUCUUCGUCGUUGACUUUUAGUAGAGACCCGGCGAUGACACUUAAACUCGAUCCGAGGGUAGUUUCUGGUCGUCCUCCGUAGAUCGUGGGGUAUAAGUUCUGACCACGAAAAUGGCUUCCUCUGCGGGGAUCCAGACUCGCUGAGCUCGAAACUCCAGGGCAGACGAAUUACACCUCCGGGCAGGCAGGUCACGCGAAACAAUUUCGAGGUCAGUACUCCCCAAAAAUCUUCCGUGCCUGAGCCCCACGUGUGCUGCCGUGCGAUCCUUGGUCAUGCCGAAAACUCCAACGCCAUGUUGCUGAACAGUAUCCGAAGUCCCGUCUUCACCGGCGUGUCGCAUGCCGGAAACGCCGAGCCCUUGACAUCAGCUACACUUCACCAUGCAGCCACGUCUGCUAUACGCGCUCCUGACGAACUCCAUUUCACCUGGGAAUAUCCGCGAGCUUGUCGUCUCGUGACGAGCUCCUCGCUCCAUUCGGACACCAAGCCGAAUCGUCGUUGCUGCUGCGCCGAAAAUCCCGAAAUUGCAAACGAAGCCACUUAACGAUAUGCGAAAUGAGCAGCAUACCGGAAACACUCUUCAAAUUUUUCGCCAUGUCAGGAUGGACACAACCGCCCUCGAGGGGAUGGCUCUCCUCCCCAAAAAAAAACAAGGGGCGACGAAAUCGUCUUAGGGUUGCGGAGCUCUAUUGCAUUAAAAAAAAAGACAACAAAACUACUUGUGCUAGUAUACUACAAAAAAAAUAACCCAUUCAAAUUCAUAUUCUUUGUUUUAUAUAAUUCAAAUUAUUAACAUGUCAUGACUGUCAAGUGUGGAAACCGCCACCUAGAGCUGGUUCUUCUAUUUCCUGUUUUAGAUUCUUAUGUUACUUUUGUGUACUGUUUAUUCUUACGCUACAUAUCUUACUUCAUCUCGUUUCCGUUUUCGUUUUAGUAUCGUCACUCUCGAUACUGUGCGAUGUGAUUUCCCUGCUGGGUGGCGAAAGUUGCCACCUGGCAGGUUUUGUUUUUUUGCGCCUAGUCGCGAGGCUCGUCACGCGCGAAAUUUCUGACCUAUAAUACUGUAGCCGUCCAGUAACGUCGAAUUUGUUCUGCCACCCGUUCGGAUUUUUUUUUUUCGUCAAAGCGCGCCUGGCUUCGUCAAUGACGCGAAUCACGAGGGCCUAUUCUAUAUUUCCAGUUUCAUUGAGUUUCACCGUUUAUUUGGUUAUGGAACUUGCAAUACGCGAAACGAUGAAUUUUCGAACUUGUAGUCCCCGUAGUCAAUGAUGCAGCACGUGCAAUGAUCUAAAGAUAUAGAGUACGCCCUAAUAAGUUCGAAAACUAAUUCACAAAUUGCAAUCUAGCUGGGCAGUUUCUGAUGGAAACGAGAAAAUAGAUGGAACUUCCUUCAGAGCUGCGAGAGCCUGGCCGUUCCACCCACAUUCUCGAACUUUUCUUCCUCCUUCUCACACUCAAUCUUUCUUCUUCCUCCAUUCCUCGAUCUCACAGCUUCCUCCUCACCUCCAGCAAUUUUAUUCUAGCGUUCUAGCCAAGGCCAUCCCAUAGUUGGGUAAAGUCCUCGUUUCUUUCUUAGCAUGUCGUCAACCUCCUAGUUUGAUAAUCAUACUAGCUUUUCCCUCCUUUCUUUCCCUAGGUCCCUCUCUUCUUAUGUUCUUUGCUGUUUUCCUAACAAGUAUACAUCCUUUCACUUUUCCAAUAUCUCUCUAGGUCUCUAGGUGCUCUAGCUUGUUAAGGAACCACGGGACACAUUUCAACUCUAUUUCAAGGUACGGAUUCUACCCUCUCGCCGUGCCCUUCUCCUCUUCUCUCGUCCAUACCUUGUCUUCUUUCCGAUUUCCUGUUUUCCCCUAUUUCCCCAUGCAUUCAUUCCCUGCCCCUUCCCAUGGGGCUACAUCCCACUUCGACCUAGAUCUACAACGAUUUAUUGAGCUGCAGCCCAUUUCGACUUCCGUUUCACCGUUUUUUGCAACCCUUUAUUCUUACUUUCUUGUAUGAUUCUCUAAUUUGUGUUCACUGACUGUUUCUUGCUUUAUUUGUUGCCUUAUUUCCCGAUCCCCUUUGAUUCCCAUGGUAUUAUUGUAUAUUUGAUCCAUGAUUCCAAGCAUUCAUGAAAGUUGAAAAGUGGCUUCGUAAUGGGCUUCGGUUAAACGCCGUUCCUAUUCCAAGCUGUCCGAAUUGCAUCGUUGCUUGCCAAAAUUUUAUUGCUUGCUGAUGAUUUUCUCUUCAUGUAUGUUGUUGGCCCAAUAACAUCCAUUUACUACAUGGAUAGAACUGGAGAUAAUAAGUGCAAUAUAUUUUUCUUGCUAUU